UGCGAGCGAAACCUUCGUUCUCGUCAUCUGAAGAAGAAUAGCACGUGCCUCAACCUGACAAGGAUUUCACAGAAGAUCCAUGAAAUCAGCGGUCAUCUGAGACCACCGAGUGAUUGCCCAGAGUCCAUUUAUAAAAAGCGCUCACCAUGCGGCCCAAACAAAACAAUUAUAAUAUUAUAUUUAGGUUUUUUUUCUCUUAAACCCCAGCUGUUUAUUUAAUAUAUGUUAUUUCCAUGUCUGACUCUCACACAAAACAAGCAAGCCUCUAACAGAGAGAGAAGGAAAAGUAGAGACAAAGAAUUUUUUUUGUUAGAUUUUAGGAAUGGGAGCUCUAGUUCCAGUUUCUCCUUGGUUACCAGAAGAUGACCUUUUGUUAAAGAACUCUAUUGAGGCUGGUGCUUCCUUGGAAUCACUUGCUAAAGGUGCAGUGCAGUUUUCCAGGAAAUUCACUGUUCGAGAACUGCAAGAUAGGUGGCAUUCUCUUCUUUAUGAUCCAGUUAUUUCUGCCGAGGCUUCUUUCCGCAUGAUUGAGUUUGAGCAUUCUGCACCCACUCUACCGUCAAAAUUCAGUAGAGCUGGAAAUUCAAAAGAAAACAGAAGUUUUUCUGGUAAGAGAAAAGUAGAAAGUGUCCGCAGUUGUUAUUAUGCUUUGCGUAAGAGAAUUAGAAAUGAGCCUUUUAACUCUAUGGAUCUGAGUUUUCUUGUUGCACCUAGUGAAGAAAAUUUAUUUGGAAAUGAAGACGAACCUCUAUCUGGAAACUGCAUGCUGGGCGAUCCAAUGCCAAAUCAUUAUGGGCUUCAAGAAUCAAAUUUGGAUAUUAUGCAGCAUGCUUUUCCUGAAGCGGAUGCUGGAACUGCUGUGGAGAAUGGUUGCAUGGCUCAUGGUUUUCAUGGGGAACUUGUUCACCCAGUUGAUGAAGAUUUUGCUAUGCAGCAUGAUAAUAUUCAUGAAGAUAUUCCUGAUAUGUUUGAAGAGAAUCCUCCUUUUACAGGGCAUGGCCCUGGACUUGAGGAAUUGGGUCAACCAAAACAAGUUCCCAGCCUGUUUGGAGUAGAACAUUUAGAGGCAAAUCCACCAUCUACCUAUGGGCAAAUUCAUAAUGAUCCAGGAAAUGUUUGCUCUGAGUUUGAAGGUAACCAGGUCUUUCAUUCACCUAUUCCAGAGUGUGAUGUUUCAUUUCAGAACUUGGAGUACUCAUCUCCACUUCCUGAGAUGCCAAUUUGGAAAGCAGUUGAAGAGAUAUCAACACCGGCUAUUCCAGUUGAUGACAGCCUUAGAGAAAAAGAUAUGCAUGCUGGAGAUGCAUUUGCACUUCGUGAUGAUGGUGGUGAGGACACAAGUGCACCAGGAUGUGACUUUGUCCACACUGAUUCAAAUUUGAAGAUGCAGAUGUCAUGUGAUGAUUUAAAAAGUCCUGCUGCUAGCACAGAAAAUUAUCUGGCUGAAUUGUCCAAUUCUCUUCUGAACUUUACAAAUGAUGAAGAACUCCUCCUCAUGGAUGUUGAUGGAAAAGAAAUGAUUGAUAAGUCUUACUAUGAUGGUCUUUCACUUUUGUUGAGUUCACCAAAUGAGGUCAAUGAAGACCACAUGCCCAGUCCAGAACCAGAGACAUUGGCUAACCAAACAAAUUCGUCUGGUAUAUUUCUUGCUGAGUCAGUUGAAAAAGUCCAAAUGAAAUCGUCUGCGUCUGCUUUGGAUCCUCGAUUUCCUGAACUGAUUGAUGGAAUUAUUUGCUGCACAUUGAACACUGAAGAUCCAGAUAUUCCUUGCAAUGAUGAUGUUUUCCUACCCAUUCAUACACACCGUCUCUCAGCUCCCAUUGCUACCAGGCGCAAUUUUAAAGAAGUUGGUAAUCCAAUUUCUACAUCUGUUAAGGACUUUCGAAGCAACCCAAGAUCUAAUGAAGGACAUCCAGUCUUGAUGCAGAGAGAUCAAGAGAACCCUGGACAAUCUCAUGCCUCAUCUCAUAUGAUGGGAUCACAGGGGAUACCAGAAAAAGGUCAACUGCACCCAGUUCUUGAUUGUGGAGUUAAAUUUGAGUCCCCACAUUUGGCAUCUAGAACUUCGGCUAUUGCUUCCGGUGGUUCCAUUCAAAUUAAUGCAGUGAAUGUUGGCACAGACACUCUCCAACAUGCAAGACUGAAGGAAGAGACUGAGGAGAUAGCAUUGGUGAAGGAUCUUGGUCGUUCCUUGACUGAUUCCUUUCUGGAGAAGCCAGCUUUUGGCUCUGAUGACUACAAAAGCCAUGAGAGAAAUGCUAGUGGCAUUAAACUGGAAUUAGAUGCUCUGGCAGCAAUUCAAGAUCGUCAAGCAUCAAAUGCAGAAGCAGGAUCUAUAAAUAUCCCUGAUUCAGAGCCAGUCAUAAAUCCUCCAACAUCAGAGAUAGAGCUAUCAAUUGAGAGUGAUGAUGAUGAUGUGCCAUAUUUUUCUGAUAUUGAGGCGAUGAUACUUGAUAUGGACUUGGAUCCAGAUGACCAGGAUUUAUAUGAGCUGGAAGUCUCUAAAUAUCAGCAUGAAGAUUCUAGGAGGGCAAUUAUCAGGCUUGAACAGGGUGCUAAUUCUUACAUGCAAAGAGCCAUUGCUUCUCAUGGAGCAUUUGCCAUUUUGUGUGGCCGCUAUUCAAAGCAUUAUAUUAAGAAACCUGAGGUUUUACUUGGUAGAGGUACAGAGGAUGUUGUUGUUGACAUUGACUUAGGAAGAGAAGGGCGUGCAAAUAAAAUAUCUCGACGGCAGGCAAUCAUAAGUAUGGACAAAGUUGGAUCUUUUCAUCUGAAAAAUCUUGGCAAGUUUUCAAUAUCAGUAAAUAACAAGGAAGUAGCCCCUGGACAGAGUCUGAGCCUUAAUUCUGGUUGUUUGAUUGAGAUAAGGGGAAUGCCAUUCAUAUUUGAGACAAACAAAACUUUCACGAAAUGGUACCUGGAUAGCGUCUCCAAAGAAAAACCAAACUCAUGAGCUCCAAGUUCAAAUCAUUGCACACGUCAUGAACUAGAAUGCCAUCGGAAGGUGCUUAUUUUUUGCUGCACUUUCUGAGUUCCUUUUGCAAGCUAUGUUUGGAUCUGUUAUAGUAUUGUGUAACUAGGUCUUUUGGAUACAGGGAGAAUAGGAUAUUUACUAAUUUUACUAGGCAUUUUGUAUUCUAUAGAGCUAUUUCUUCUCUCGACUUUUGUAUGCGUUUUGUUAGACAUAGGUUAUACUGGCAGUAGUAUUGCAUCACCCUCAGGGAGCUAGCCACAUCUCCCUUAAAACUUCAGUCAAUAGGGAUAUAAGAACUGAGAAUACUGUUUCCAAACUUCUAGAAUGUCCGGACUUGAAUCAUAUUCUUGACUCUGGAAUUACCCUCGACAGGAAAUUGUAAAUUGGAAAAUAACGAAAGCUGAAUGA